AUGACUGAAUUGACAGAGCUCACAGGAUUUCUGAUUGCCAAACCUGACCUCAUAUCCUGGCUGGAGGAGGAGGAAGAGCUGUUUCUCCUGGGCUCUGAUGAACGAGGAGUGUGGGAGUCAGCAAAUGAAACAUCUGAGCAUCUCCUGUUGGGGAAAGAGGAUACAUAUUCAGAUACAAAAGGGAAGUUUGAAUAUUGUGAAGUGCUGCAGAAGGAGGAGGAAAAACAGCCAUAUAAAGGAAGGAAUAAUCCUGGUCUUCUACAAGGGAGUGACUCUCUACUGCAAACAAAAUACAAAGGAGAGAAUAGAAAUGAGUGCUCUGCAAGUGGGGAAGAUAUUCCUGAAAAAUCAGAUAUUAAUAAUCAAUGGAACACCUAUAACAUAAAGAAAAUAUAUAAAUGCCUGGAGUGUGAGAAAAUCUUUGGGCGGAAAGACAGUCUAGUUUUUCAUCAAAGAAAUCACACUGGCGAGAAGCCAUACAAAUGUCUAGAAUGUGGGAAAAGUUUCAGUCAGAGUUCAAACCUUACUUUCCAUGAAAGAAUUCACACAGGGGAGAAACCAUAUAAAUGCCUGGAGUGUGGGAAAAGCUUUGGGCGGAAAGAUAACCUAACUUCCCAUCAACGAAUUCACUCAAGGGAGAAACCGUAUAAAUGCCUAGAGUGUGGAAACACCUUCAGUCAAAGUGGAAACCUUACUUCCCAUCAAAGAAUUCAUACUGGAGAGAAACCAUAUAAAUGCCUGGUGUGUGGGAAAAGCUUCACUUACAGUGGACACCUUACUGCUCAUCAAAGAAUUCACACAGGUGAGAAGAAAUAUAAAUGCCUAGACUGUGGAAAAAACUUUAGGAGAAAAGACAGCCUAACUUCCCAUCAAAGAAUUCACACAGGGGAAAAACCAUAUCAAUGCCUGGUGUGUGGAAAGAGCUUCACUGAGAGUGGAAGCCUUGCUUCCCAUCAGAGAAUUCACACAGGGGAGAAAAAAUAUAAAUGCCUGGAGUGUGGGAAAAGCUUCAGUCAGAGUGGAAGCCUUAGUUCCCAUCAAAGAAUUCACACAGGUGAGAAACCAUAUAAAUGCCUGGAAUGUGGGAAAAGCUUUAAUCAGAGUUCACACCUUACUUCCCAUCAAACAAUUCACACAGGGGAGAGACCAUAUUCAUGUUUGGUGUGUGGUAGAAGCUUCAGCCAGAGUGGAAACCUUACGUCUCAUCAACGAACUCACACAGGAGAGUAA